CACAGCAGACAAGUUCUUCCAUCGUCCAGGGUCAAGAAACACAGCAGAAGAACAUGGGACACAACGAGAAGCCCAAGAAAUCCCGGGGAAGUCGAGAGGCCGAUGACUCGAGUAGCACUAGGAACGGAAAAAGCAGCUUGAUGCCUCCCCCACCGCCACCAAGCAAGUCGAGAAGUAGCUCUAAUGGCGUGGAGUACACGCGUUUGACAUCUCCAUUGCCGAGUGCUCCGCACAGCACGACGCCACAGACUACGCGCCACCAACCCAGCCGCAACUCCAAGAAUUCUGACAAGACAGUCAUCUCCCUUGAUGCUGACGCUCCGCCACUAGGGCACCUGGAGGACAAACUUGACGACGUGUUGCCGCACGUGCCUAUGAGCCGCGCCAUGGAGCAACUCUUAGACCAGGUGAUGGAAAACAUGGACCAAGAUGAGCCGGCCACCAAAUUCGCACCUCCGGCCAAGUCUAGUUCAUUGGCAAAGCACACGCCCCCGGCAACGAGUGAUCCAACUGCGAAUUCUUCAACUGUGGCGGGGAGCGAUCUCAUCGUAAAACCCGCCUCCCUGGUGACAAAGCCCGCUUCUUUAACCACAUCAACAUGCACCCCCCGAAGUGGACAAAAAGCGGUCAUCAGGAGCUAUCAAUGACAAGGAUAUUGGGGUAACUGCAAAGAAACCAAGGCCAUCUG